AUGGACUUCAUGUUCCCACCUGCGCUCGGUCGACGCUCCGCCGCCCCCAAGGUUACCCUCGCGUCUCGAAGCCAUGUCGAGAACAUGGACGCGGGCCUGACUGCCGUCGCUGGCGCGAACACCGUCAUAGACCAGAUCCGCUCCCGGCGCUCCGGCGUUACCAAGCUCAUCCUCGGCCACAACGACUGGGAGACUCCGGCUAUAUCCCAAAUCAGCCUCAACUCCAAUAACAUCGGCAAUCGAGGCCUACUGGCCAUUAGCCGAUAUUUGAGGGAUAAUGGUGCACUCAAGGAGCUCUUUCUCCAAAAUUUAACGGAUACCUUCGUUGCCCACUUCUUCCCCCUUCUCAACGCCCCUCACAUCCGGGAAAUCCAUCUUUCGGUCACCGGGCUCACCCAAGCUUCCGCACCCCAUAUCAUCGAGUAUAUCACAUCAACCCGGUGUCAACUUCAUACUCUCAAGCUCAAUGGCAACCGACUUCGCAUCCGCGCGGUCCGAUCCAUCAUACGGGCUCUUAAACACGGAAACUAUACCCUCCUCCGGCUAGAGAUGGCCGCGAACGGUCUCACCGACAUUGACAACAGCGACACGCCCCCAAGUGAGGACGACGGAGGCGCCAAGGGGAGCGUAGUCAGCUGGCAGGAAUGUGAGAACGAGCUCAAACGUCUCAUGGCGCGUAAUUCCACCCUCAAGCAUCACGUCGAGAAGGACGCCCUGUCCCUCCUUCGCCAUGCCCGACCGCUUCUCGUCCGCCCCAAGAGUCGCUCGAUGAAGGAUUCCCUCACCCCCUGCUCCGAUUCCUGUGGCGGGGUUGUGCUGAGGAAACGCGCGGGUGGGGGCUCGGUGUCGGGGUGUGCGAGCGGGCGGUGCAUGGGCGCGGGGAAUAGCGUGCUCUGUCGGCGCGAGGGCGAGCGGACGGCGUGGCUCGCGCAGGUGGGCUGUACUGCAUUUGAGCUCGACGACGGGUAUGAUGAUGAUGUUCUGCUGCAUCCGGAUCACGAAGGCGACACCUCAAAUGCCCUUCUUCAAUAG